AUGAGCACCGCAUUGAAGCCAGAGAACAUCGAAGCGGAAGCGAAGCACCUUCUCAAUGCCACCGAUACCAAGAUCAAUGCCUGGGCUUCACCCGGUCCGACAGCUUUCGACUUCAGAAGUAAGACCAUUCAUCCCACUCCCCCCACACCCACAGAUCACGAACUGACGUUGCGGCACGCUCAGGCGACACCAUCACCACCCCGACGAGCCGCAUGCUCCAAGCCAUCUCUGCCACAACCCUCGCCGACGACGUGUUCCAAGAAGACCCCACCACCAAUGCCUUCGAAACCCUCCUCUGCUCCCUCACGGGCAAGGAAGCCUCCCUCUUCGUCAUGUCCGGCACCAUGGGCAACCAAGUCGCCAUCCGCACCCAUCUCCAAGGCCCUCCUCACUCCGUGGUCACGGACCAUCGAAGUCACAUCCUCGAAUGGGAAGCAGGAGGUGUCGCCUCCCUCUGUGGAGCUCUGGUGAAGGGAGUCCGGCCAGAGACGAAUGGAAAAUACAUCACCCUAGAAGAUAUCAUGGCGAAUGUGGAUCUGCGGGAGGACAUACACGGUUGUCCGACCAAGUUGAUUUCGCUGGAGAACACGCUGGCGGGGACGAUUAUGCCUCUCGAAGAGUGUAGGAGGAUAAGCGCGUGGGCUCACAGGAAAGGUAUCCUUAUGCAUCUGGAUGGUGCGAGGUUAUGGGAAGCUGUGGCUGCGGAAGCAGGGAGCCUGAAAGACUUCUGUGCGUGCUUCGAUAGUGUGUCGUUGUGCUUUUCCAAAGGGCUGGGAGCACCGAUUGGAAGCGCGAUCAUCGGAUCGAAAGCUUUCCGGGAACGGGCGAGAUGGGUGCGCAAGUCCAUCGGUGGCGGUACCCGGCAACUAGGCGUUCUGACUGCCCCAGCGAGGAUCGCGGUCGAGGACACCUUCUUAGGUGGGAAGUUGAAGGCUUCGCACGGUCGAGCACGGCAGGUAGAGGCGAUCUGGGCCAAGUAUGGCGGCAAGACAACCAACCCCGUAGAGACGAAUAUGGUGUGGUUUGAUCUUCAAGCCGCGGGGAUCACGCCGGAAAAGUUCAUCGAGGAGGGACAGAAGGUAGGCUUGAGGCUGCUCGGUGGGAGGCUGGUGGUGCAUUACCAGAUUGGCGAGGAGGCAUUGGAGAGGGUCGAGAAGCUGGCUCGGGCGGUGUUGCAGGAGGAGAAGCAGUUGAUGAAGGGUUCCGUCGAGCAUUCGGUGGAGAAGAUGAAGAUCACGACGGAAUGA